AUGUGUGACAGGAACGGAGGCCGGCGGCUUCGGCAGUGGCUGAUUGAACAAAUUGACAGCAGCCUGUACCCAGGGCUGAUUUGGGAAAACGACGAGAAGAGCAUGUUCCGGAUCCCUUGGAAACACGCUGGUAAACAAGAUUACAAUCAGGAAGUGGACGCCUCCAUUUUCAAGGCCUGGGCAGUUUUUAAAGGGAAAUUUAAGGAAGGAGACAAAGCUGAACCAGCCACGUGGAAGACAAGGCUACGCUGUGCUUUGAACAAGAGUCCAGAUUUUGAGGAAGUGACAGACCGGUCCCAGCUGGACAUUUCCGAGCCAUACAAAGUUUAUCGCAUCGUCCCAGAGGAAGAACAAAAAUGCAAAUUAGGCGUGUCCACUCCUGGCUGUGUGAAUGAAGUCACUGAGAUGGAGUGCAGUCACUCUGAAAUUGACGAGCUGAUCAAGGAGCCUUCUGUGGAUGAGUACAUGGGGAUGGUCAAAAGGAGCCCUUCACCACCUGAGGCCUGCAGGAAUCAGUUCCUCCCAGACUGGUGGAUGCAGCAGCCCAGCGCAGGCUUGCCGCUGGUGACGGGGUACACCGCCUAUGAUGCGCACCACUCAGCCUUCUCCCAGAUGGUCAUCAGCUUCUACUACGGGGGCAAGCUGGUGGGCCAGACCACCACCACCUGCCGCGAGGGCUGCCGCCUGUCGCUGGGCCAGCCGGGCCUGCCGGGCGCCAAGCUGUAUGGGCCCGAGGGCCUGGAGCUGGUGCGCUUCCCGCCCGCAGACACCAUCCCCAGCGAGCGGCAGAGGCAGGUGACGCGGAAGCUGUUCGGGCACCUGGAGCGGGGCGUGCUGCUGCACAGCAGCCAGCAGGGCGUGCUGGUCAAGCGGCUGUGCCAGGGCCGCGUGUUUUACAGCGGCAACGCCGUGCUCUGCAAGGACAGGCCCAACAAGCUGGAGCGCGACGAGGUGGUCAAGGUCUUCGACACCAGUCAGUUCUUCCGAGAGCUGCAGCACUUCUAUAACAACCAGAGCCGGCUUCCUGACAGCAGGGUGGUGCUGUGCUUCGGAGAAGAGUUUCCGGAUAUGACCCCCUUGCGCUCCAAACUCAUUCUGGUGCAGAUUGAGCAACUCUAUGUCCGGCAGCUGGUGGAAGAAGCUGGGAAGAGCUGUGGUGCUGGGUCCAUGAUGCAGGCUCCUGAGGAGCCCCAGCCAGACCAGGUCUUCCGGAUGUUUCCAGAUAUUUGUGCCUCCCACCAGAGACCGUUUUUCAGAGAAAACCAACAGAUCACAGUUUAAGUCUCUCUUGGGCACCCCACCCCGCUCACAUCUCACAUUUCAUUAUUACAAUUACUGUUGUAAUUAUUUAAGGAUAUCCCUCUGACCUGGGGUGGGACGCCUCACUCUGCUCUUAAUUUAGUAAGGGCAUCUCCGAGGACACACCAAGUGAUUUGAAUGCUAUAACUAGAACCUCUGAUUAAAACAUAUAUUUCCUGUAUUUCUCCCUAAUUAUCAUUAGUUGCUGUGAUUCUUGAGCAUUUUGGGUAAUUGAUAUUUCCGAAGACUUUUAAUUUGACUAGCACAUAUUUGCUUCCAGUAAAGAAAUUUGGGGAAGAUGAACUUGUGAGAACAAGACUGCUUUUCAUCUUAAUCUUUGAUUAGAGCUAUAGAUUUAUGAUUUUAUGCACUUGAUUCGAUGUGAAGUGUCUUUGUACUUUUAAGCAUGUUAGUAAGACUUAAAAAUACUUAGAGACCAGCUUCCCUUCAAUAAGUGAAAGCGAAGCCCCUGGCUUCUUUGGAGAAGGUGUAUUGUUCUCACAGUUUGGUGCCCGGAAAGCGCUUCUGUCCCCAGGUGAACCAGUGUGCUUUUAUCUUCCUACAGUGACACUUUUCCCUUUGGCGCUUUGUUGCGGGAAGCUUAGGGCUAAAUUCAUUUUUUCAUUUCUGUAAUUAAGUCACCCCAGAUACCUCUCUGUUUUGUUCCUCUAAAUAGUUUCGACCUGUUUUUAAAAUAUUUUUAAUUUUAAUUGUCUAAUUAUAAACUGCUUUGAAGCUUUUCUUUAUUUUUCUUUUUAUAAAGUAGGCAGGAUAGAAGCCACAAGUUCACAAAAUAUGAGCAUUUUGUAUGAGCAUGUUGAUUGGGCCUCGGACCCAGUCGUCCCAACUGGUGGAGUUUAGAGUAUAGGUGCCAGGAGAGUGGUUUGGGGGAUGUGGAUGGCAUGUGUGAGCCUGUCACCGCUACACUGGUCGUGGGUGGACUGUGGCCCGGACAGCGCCUUCCCUCAUCCACACCAAGUUCUUCAACAGAGCCUACAUGGUGGGAUUUCAAUGGAGAAGUCCCAGUGUUAGCUCUGGAAGAACUUACCCUAUUUAUUAGCACAUAAAAUGAAUUUACUACCCAAAAUGUCUCAAAAUGUUUACCCUGGAUCCUGAUGCUGAUAAUCAAAAGCCAGAGGCAAAAAAACUGAACACAAUGCCAUCUCGCUGACCCUCCGGCGAGCAGUAGACAGAAUCCCCACACCCCUUUAAAACUGCUGUCAGGGUUCAAAAGGACUUGAACUUUUUUUUUUUCUAAAUAAACAUAUUUUGCUAGAU